AACAUUUAUCGACCGCCAGCAACGCGGUGUGGAUUUUAUUCGGUUUUUUUCAUUUUCACUGCAUUUGCAUUGACUUUCAAUACAGAGUAGAACAAGAUGGCUGGCAAGCGACAAGCCACUUCGAACCUGAACCACGAAAACUGGGACGUGGAGGAGGAACCCGAGGAGCGCGGCACCUUCCGCACGGCCACCGAAGAGGAGCUAAAGACACGCGUUAUCAAGAAGGCGCGCCGCAAGAUUGCCGGUGGAUCGUCCGCCGCUGAAGAGGAUGGCGCCGAAGAAAAGACUGCACAGCCCAAAAGCGUGUUCAGCGGAUUCUCCGGUUUCGGCAAGCCGGCUGCGAGCGCAGCCGCGAGUUCGCCUUUCUCCUUCCUGGCCAAUCUGCCAGCUCCAGCCACGACCUCCAGCAGCGAGCCAAAAAAGUCUGCAUUCUCGUUUGGGUUCAGCUCGGCCGAUAGGCCUGCCAGCACCAGCAUUUUCGGCACCGCCAGCCCCAGCAACACGGCCGAUAGGCCUGCCAGCACUAGCAUUUUCGGCACCGCCAGCAUCAGCAGCACGGCCCCGUCUCCUUCGCCGGCCAAGGAAUCAACAAGUACCGUCGAUGGCGCUAAGCCGACCACCUCGAUAUUUGGCAACAUAUCAUCUGCCAAGAAGGAGAGCAGCGAAGCCAAAACGCCACUAGCCAGCAGCAGCAGCACUAGCCUCGCAUCCACCAUAGAGACCUCCGAGUACCGCGAAUGCGUUGCUGACCUGAAUCGGUCCGUCAUGAAAUUCUUGCAGGACCAAAUUGGCAAAAGUCCCUACUGCAUACUGACUCCAGUGUUUAAAACCUAUGAUGAGCAUCUAAAGGACCUGCAAGACGAGGAGAGCGCCAGAACGAACUCCACGAAAUCCAAAAUGGCACAAGCCCGUUUUGAAGAACCAGUUGCGAAGGUGUCCCGUGCAUCGUCGCCACCAAAAGCGGCUGCUACGUUUACGUUUGGCAAGCCAAGCGCGCCAAUAGGCGCCAGCGUAUCGGCCUUAGCCAAGAAACCCAACUGCACCAUAACCAGUGGUGGGACAACCACCACGACCACAACACCACUGGUCUCCUUCGGUAGUACGGCAGCGUCCACUGCGCCAGUGUCGUCUUCCUCCAGUAUCUUCAGUUUGACAGCAAAGCGCACUGGAGAAGCCAAAUCGGAUGAUGCCCCUAAGUCCAGCAUUUUCAGCUUUGGAGCUAAGGAUACGACCACCAAAAAGGAUGAGCCUAACUUCUCGGCACCGAAGACCAAUGGCUUUUCAUUCGGACUGAAAAGUAACAACGACGACAAGCCAAGCACCUCGUUGUUUGCAGGUUUCGGAAAAGCGCCUGAAGGAGCAGGAGACGGCGCAAAGGGCUUUUCCUUCACCAACAGUGCCACGCCCUUCUCUCUCGGAAACAUUCAUCCGCCAGCUGAAGCUGCAGCGUCAGCGGAGGAAAAAGAAGAGGAUACGCCCCCAAAAGUCGAGUUUAAACAGGUUGUGGAGGAUGACGCUGUAUACUCCAAGCGGUGUAAGGUAUUCAUUAAGAAAGACAAGGACUUUGGCGAUCGUGGCGUGGGCACGUUGUACUUGAAACCUGUCAAGGAUUCCGAAAAGACCCAACUGUUAGUCCGCGCCGACACCAAUCUGGGCAACAUCCUGGUCAACCUUAUUCUUAGCAAGGGUAUACCUUGCCAGCGCAUGGGUAAGAACAAUGUGCUGAUGGUCUGCGUGCCCACGCCAGAGGACUCCAAGGCCACAUCGAUGUUGCUGCGCGUAAAGAACGGUGACGAAGCCGACGACUUGCUGGAGAAGAUCAAGGAGCACAUGAAGUAGAGGAUAGACAACUAAUAUGAAUUCGUACAUAUAGAUGUUGUUUAAUCGUUUGUAUUUUGAAAGCUAUAAAUGUACAAAACCCUGGAAAUAGAACUCAAGAACGUACAUACAA